AUGAGUGGAUUUCCAAAUGUGGUUGGAUGCAUCGAUGGGACUCAAGUUCAAAUACAAGCUCCUACGCAGAAUGAACAUGAAUUUGUUAACAGGAAAGGCUACCAUUCCAUCAAUGUUCAGCUGAUGUGUGACGCAGACCUCAUAUUCAUCAACUGUAUUGCGAAAUGGCCUGGAAGUGUACAUGAUUCAAGAAUACUACGAGAGUCAUCUUUAUUCGAAGAUUUUGAGAACAAAAGGCAGCCUAUGAGAGGAAUCAUCUUAGGAGACAGUCGCUAUAUGUUGCGUGACUGGUUGUUAACUCCGAUUUCUAAUCCCACUACACGUCAAGAGAGAAACUACAACUUCAGUCAUAGUUCAACACGUACAGCUAUCGAACGGGCCAUAGGCGUUUUGAAGAGGAGAUGGCACUGUCUUAGCAGACUUCGUUUGACUCCUGCCAAGGCAUGUAAAGUUAUUGCAGUAUGUGUUAUGCUAAGUAACCGUGCCAGAAGGCUCAACUUAGAUGUCCCAGACACAGACAGUGACAGUGACGAUGAACCUGACUAUGAACAAGCUUCAGAUGCCCACAUGGAGGAAGUCCUACCUGUAAACAACCCAAUGAUAGAACGUGCCAGGCUUGCUGCUGGAAAAACUGCCAGAGAGAGAUUAAUGAACAAUUAUUUUCACUGA